AAGCACUAGGCAGGUAACAAUUAUUCAUAAUACUGGUGGCCGUGAGAGAUUACUUGGUAGUACAAGGGCUAAAAGCUAACAAACAACAACCGAGCCACGCGGGUCGAAUAAACGCCGCUCAGCCGUCAUCGCCGCCGCCGCCGCAGCCAUGGAUCCUCAAAGCCAGACCACUUCACUACAACGACUCCAAAAUGUGGAGAAGAGAAUAGUGAGGGUUUUGGAGCUAGCCGGCGGAGUAAUGGAGGAAAUGGCCAAUCCAAGCGGCCCCAGAAAGGAGAUCGUUAACAGCAACUGCACUGAGUUCAUGCAAUUAGUCAAGGAUAUUCAGAUGACGCUGAGAGAGGAAAUUAAAAGCACUUGCGAGUACCGUCCGUUCGAGAAGUGUGACUAUGUUCCGAGGAUAUCGAACGAGAUCUGUUGUAAGAAAUUGGAGUAUGUCAUAUCCCAGCUUGAUGAGAUGAAGCGAACAAUUGAGGAGUAUGGUGAUGGAGCUUGAGGUUUUGCUUUGGGAAAACUGUAAGUAAUCUAGUUCACUGACAAUUUUGGAGCAGUUAGAAGGGAAAUUGUUUUGUGGACUAGCCAUCAUUAAAAAUAUGGGGGCAAUGUGAUUAGAUAUGAUUGUCACUCGAAUUGCAAAUGUAAGUGUAAUAGGUACUGUUUUCUAAGUUGAUUGAGAUGAGAAUUGUUUAAUGCAUAAGAAACUUAAGAGUUCUAAGUUCUAACCCAAUUGGUUGUCCCAUUUUCCUCCACAGUUCAAAAUUUCAAUUGAGUCGGUGGUGUUUAUAUUCAUUUGCUUUGCACUUCCAUUUUCAUCAUGCUAAGCCUAACUUGGUUGACUGCUGGAUUAUCUUCUAGUUGAGGUGUUUCUUUACCCAAAAAAUUGAAGAUUGGGUGGACUGUUGGCUUCGGAGCAUGAGCUUAAUUUAUAGGUGUUGAAAUAGUGCAUUUCUAAUUUACAUUUUACAGUAUGUUUUGUUGGAUGGCUGCGUUGGUGCCUGUUCAUUCAAUGGGUUUACAAUGUGCAAAACUGGUUGAUACCUUGUAGAGACUCUUAAGGUUCGUUUGAUAAUGUUUUUAUUAUUAUCUCAUGCCGGGCAUAUCUGGCUAUCUGCUGUUUUAUGAAUAUUAAAAAUAUAUUUGGAUGAAUGAUGUUUGAUGGAAAAUUAUAGUUAUAAAUUCAACUUGCUUAUAACAGAUUAGAGGUUGUUUUUGUUUUGGUAGUUUCUUAAAAGACCAUUUUCAUAAUAUGUGCAUACAGAACUGUAGAAAUUGGUUAAAAUGGGUUACUUUGAAAAUAUAAUUAUACUUUAAGAGUUUUUUAGAUUGAGUUCUAGGCGGCUGAGGGUACUACCCAACUGAUGUUAUUAGACUAAUAUAAUAUUAAUAUAGAUGGAAACAAUAGAGAUAGGAUUCUCCUUAAGCAUUCAAUUCUGAUAAGGUAAUCUAUUAGGUUGACAGUAAGCACAUUGGGUUUAUUUAAUAGUUGUAACAAGGUAAUAUACAAUCAGAUGUGGCUGGUAAUUGUGGGUCUCACUAGGGCCAUGAAUGCUUUAGUCGGGUGGCAUGAGAAACUUCUUUAAUGGAUAGAAUUAGGGGGUUCAAAUCCAAUCCGGCAAGGNCAA